AUGUAUCUGAAUGUGUGUGUGCCGGUGGCACUGCUCACUCUCCUGGUGCUGACACUUGUGCCCAUCGGCCAGGCCUGUCCCAGGAGCUGUAACUGCUAUCAGGCCAGCGAAGUCCACUGUACCUUUCGUUCCCUGCUCACUGUACCUUCUGGCCUGCCUCUGCACACACGCCGCAUAAAUUUAGGGUUCAACAGCAUCAGCACGAUCCAUGACAAUUCUCUGGCCGGGCUAAAGAAGGCGGAGCUUCUGAUGCUCCACAGCAAUGACCUCCACCAUCUCCCAGAUGAAGCUUUCAGAGAUAUGAAAUCACUGCAGAUACUAAAGCUGAGUUAUAACAAGCUGAGAGAGAUCUCUUCAUCUCUGACCUUCUCUGGCCUGACCUCACUGCUGCGUCUGUACUUGGAUCACAACCUCCUCCGGCACAUCCACCCCCGGGCCCUGCUCCAGCUGCCUAGCCUCAGGCUGCUGCGUCUGCAAGGGAACAGGCUGCAUCAGCUGCACCCUCGCACUCUAUGCACACUGUCCCUCCUGAAUACUUAUUACUUCUCUACACUCAGACACCUAGACCUGUCCAACAACAGUCUAACCACUCUGCCCAGAGAGACCUUAGCGACAGCGCCUCUGCUGGAGACUGUUGUGCUGGAGGCUAAUCCUUGGAGUUGUGACUGUAGGAUGAAUUGGUUUCUCACUUGGAGUCUGGCUCAUCCAGGCUUAAUGAAAUGUCCUAUCGGCCCUCAGUGUCCUAUCUGUGCCUCGCCCGACUUCCUUCAAGGUCAGGGCUUGCUUGAGCAGACUGACCUAUCGUGCACCUCGCCCGUCAUCCUCUCCCCAGGAAGAGACACACCUUUGGAUACAGAACUCAGUGAAAUCCAAACAAGUGAAUCCUUCAGAGGGCCUUUAGGCACUGCCUCUCUGGGUCUGUCUGACCAACAAGGGGACAGUGUCGAUCUGGUUUGCAACAUCACUCACUCGUCUGAGUCCCAGGAUAUUGCGCCUCCUCCAUAUCUCUCCCUUUCCUCCUCUUCUCCUCUCCCCCUUGCUCUGUCACUCUCCCUGGAGUGCCCUGUGGAGAGACAGAGCUAUGAGAAACUAUGGAGGAUCCUAGCUUAUUACAGUGAGACUGCGGUUCGCCUGGAGAGGGGGAUCAUGCUGAGUAAAGCCCCAGCAUUGGCCUACCGCUACAGGCAGGCAGCAGAGACAGACGGGUAUUAUCACACUGGAGUCCAAGCUUCUGUCAAAGCCAGACCACAAUGGUUGCUACAGCCAGCCAUUAGCAUCCAGCUAAAUAGAGCGCAGUCUAACAGACACAAAGUUCAACUUAUAUACUCAACAAGAGUUUCUGCGCAUCCUGACCCUGCUUCUCAUCCGUCAACAUCCUCCCCUGCCUUUCACCCAUGGGUACUGAUUUUAACUAAUCAUACCACCACAGCACUGGUGGCAGUAGCAAGCAGUAAAGUGGAGCUAUUAUGUCCUCUUUUAAGUUCUGGUGUCCCCAAAGUACAGUGGGUUUUCCCAGAUGGAUCCAAGCUCAUCCCCCCCUCUAGCAGUCUAGAUGGUAGGCUCCAGGCGUCAACCUCUGGUUUACUUCUACACAAAGUGCAGCUUUCAGAUGCAGGGAUAUACUACUGCAUAGCCCAGGAAGGCAAGGAUGUAGCUGUUCUCCCCCUGCGCCUGGCAGUGGAGGAAUCCUCUGUUCCGUCUUCAGGAGAGAAACUGGGACCUCCAGUCACCACAAAUGUUGGUAAGCCCAUCAGUCUGUCCUGCAAGGCAUCUGGUUCACCAGCACCUCAUAUGAGUUGGGUGUUACCAGAUGGAAACUUAGUACGGCGAGGAUUAGCUGUAUCAGGUGGGCUCACUAUACAAUCAAAUGGGAGUCUCUCUCUGCCUAACCCUUCUCCAAGGGAUGCUGGUCAUUACCGUUGCAUUGCAGUCAACCAGUACGGUAGUGACUCUCUGUCCAUGCAGCUGGAAUUAAACUCAAGACAUCUCCCUCCACUUAAGACUUCAUUUCCCACAGGGCCACAGUCAGCCGCUGGCCGGUCAACCAAGAUUCGAGCUCCAUUACUAUUAGAGGAAGGAUCGGGGGAUGAAGAGGAAGGAGAGAGAACCCUUGUUGGUAAUAGUAAGCGUCCAAGACCUCUUCAACCUUCCCAAAACAGACGUUAUCCAAUCGGAAAACCCAAAAGGCGUGGACCUAUGAGAGAAGGCCUUCUGAGAAGAGGAGGAGCGCCUAUAUCAUCCACUGACCAAAGAAGAACCCGCUUUGAGAACAGACAUAGAGUUACCACAAACAAACAAAGAAUAGACCCUCAGAAAUGGGCUGAUAUCCUGGCUAAGAUUCGACAAAAGACUGUUCACACUAAUGACAGCCAGCCAAUCGCAACAGCAAAGCCCACAGUUGAAGUGGUAGCAGAAGACACAGGUAGACAUGGGGGACAUGGUGAUACAGAGAGAGGUAAAUCUGAGGGAGCAGGGGUGGAAGCAGAAACUGAAGGGUCAUCAGUUGAUGACACUAAUCUACAAGAGGAAGGCCUACAGCACAUUCACCAUGUUCAAACAGAAAUGCAAACACACACAGAGACAAAUACAGACACUGAAACAGACGCAGAGACAAAAACCGACACAGAAACAGACACAGGGACAAAUACAGAGAAUGAAACAGACACAGAGAUAAAGACGGCAACAUCAACAGAAACACAGACAGAUAUAGAGAAUGAGACAGAGAAAGCAACUCCCCAGACAGAGACAGUGACAAACUCAGAGACACAGAAAGAAUCAGUCACAUCAAAGCCAAUCUCAGGAACAAAUGAAAUUAUCCCAGAGCCAGGUGAAGGAGAUGAGUCAGAAACAAACACCAACCCAUCUAGAACCAGGCCUCAGGAUCCCCGGCAGGGACUCUUCCCUAAUUUGGUACCAAACUCCCGGCCUCAAAGCCCUUGGAACUCUCGUAGGAGGAUCGGACAACGAAGAAGAAUCAUAAACAGGCCCAGGGGGCGCCCUUUGACCCCACGCCAACCUCUCCCUGACCCUACGAAUUCAAGGUCACAAACUGCGACACCUGACACUACCACAGAUCAAAUAAAUAUGUUGAUGCUGGCUUCAACAACCAUAUCUCCUGCUAUUCUGUUGACACGGAGUGACCGUAUUAGGACUGCUUCAAAUGAUGUGGCACUGAAUCCUCAGUUUACCACUAUUUCUAACACUGUUGGUGUCUCCACUUAUAAAUCUGCCUCCCCCUCAUUGACCCCCUCUUCCUCUUCUCUCAACUCAUUAUCCUCCUCUCACACAAAGAUACAUAUAGACAUGGUGACUCACUCAGCCAACAUCCUAGACACUGCAGUUCCCACUCUCUUCAACACACCGACACCAGCACCCACUCACUCGGAUACUGCGAUGGCCCUGACAUAUCCGCCAGUCACACGCACUGGGACACAUACACAUGGCAUACAGACACACACAAAAACACACACAUCAUUAGGCAAACAUGUUGAUAAACCCCCAAGCAAACACAGUGAAGAGCUGGAGAGGAAUUUGUCGGGUGAACCAUAUGUAUCCCACUCCUCCACCUCUCUCUCGCCCACUCUUUCCUCCAUUGUUUCCUCCACAGUCUCCAGUGCAGCUACAACUACUACUGCACAAAUCACAACAACUCCUUCUACUACCCUCAAAAGCAUAUCUACUAGUUCAGCUGGACGCACUACAAGUAUAUCUACUACUAUAGCUAGUGAAAACACACUUCCCACAAGAACUACAAGUAUUGCUAUGACUACAAGCCCCAUCAUGUCUACUACAACUACCAAGAUCAUCCCAACAUCUAGAACUACCAGAAGUACCACAACUAGUCCUACCUCUACUAUUGCUACCACAACUCCAAUUCUUGCAUCAACUACUCCCACUACCACUUCUUCAACCAUCCCUCCUCCAACUACUACUUUUACUACUACUACUACCGCUAGUAGUACAACAAUCUCAUUCAAAGAUAUUCCCACAACGCCUAACCCCAGUUCUACUACUGCAAUAACAACUAUUCCUACUAGCAGUACUAGACUUGACACUUCAGUCAAAUCUUCUCCCACUACAACAAGGGCAGCUACACCCAGUAAAUCUUCAACUACUACCACAACAAUGACCUCAACAACUACCACAGUAUCAUCCAGAGAGAGGCCGAGUGUUGUCCAAGUUGAUCCCAGAGGGAGGCCUGUUUCUGGGGGUUCAAACCAGAGUCGACCCCCUAUUGACUGGAAGAACCCUGGAACUAAUUAUAUUCCGGAUUCACACAGCAGCAGGCCACACUGGCCCCCCUCCUCUUCACUUCCUGCCACCCCUCUGGCCCCAGUUGUGAGAUCCAGACCGAGGAUUGCAGACCCACACAUCAGGACAGUGUCGCUCCCAGCAGAGAGCACUGCAAGGCUGGCUUGUGAAGCUCAAGGAGAGCCGAAGCCUUCAAUCACAUGGACCAAGGUCACCACAGGAGUGUUGAUGUCAAUUCAAUCCAGAACUCAACGGUUUGAGGUCCUGCCAAAUGGCACCCUUGUUAUCCAGAAUGUUCAGCUGCAGGACAAAGGCACAUACAUCUGCAGUGCACAGAGCUUACUAGGUCGUGACAGAUUGCUUACCAACCUGGAAGUGUGGACCCGCCCCCCUCGGAUGCAGCUAGCCAGCUACAGGGAAGCUACCAUUCAUCAGGGUGGAGAGGUACACUUAGAGUGCCGGGCGGAUGGCGUUCCCAGCCCUCUGCUCUCCUGGGUUCUGCCUGAUCGUUCUGUCCUCACCUCCACUGCUGCCUCCACCGGUCGCAUCACUAUGGACACAAAUGGAACCCUCCAUAUCACAGUAACUUUACCUAGUGACAGAGGCAUAUAUCGCUGCGUGGCCUCGAACUCAGCAGGUGCUGCCAGUGCCUCUGCACGUGUACACGUGUCCUCGUUGCCCCCGGUGAUACAGCAACCCAGAGAGGAAUACCUGCGUUUGUCUCCAGGGAGGCCUGUUUAUGCUCACUGCUCUGCCCGAGGUGCCCCGCCACCAACUCUGCGCUGGCGAAUCCCAGACGGGACUCUAGUUCGCCAAUCCCAGUUUCUCCAUGGCAACCUUUUUGUCUUGCCAAACGGCACACUGCAUAUUCGAGGAGUUCUCCCUAAGGACUCAGGGAAUUACGAGUGCACAGCAAGCAAUGCUGUUGGAGCCGAUAAGAGAACAGUGAGGUUAGAAAUUGAUGGGGGAGCAGAAGGAGAAAGGACACAGGGUGGAGCAAGUAAUAAAGGGGCCAAAGCUGUUGCCACUGAAAAAGCAUCUCCUUCAUCUUCAAUUCCCGUCCAUCCCUCAAAUCCAGUCAACUCCGCUAAAUUCUCCCCUCCAUCGCCCUUUGAUAGAUCCAGGACCUUGCCGCUCACCCCCACUUCUUCUCGCUCAUCUUCUUACCCUCACCAACCCACAUCUACUAACACAGAGUCUAAAAUCAAUAAAACAGUCACUGCCUCCCCCACAGACUUGACUAACAUCAACAAAACAAAACUCUCCUCUCUCUCCCCACCCUCUACAGUGCCUACAAAUGACACCAAAGUCUCGCCUGGCAUUGUAAACAACAUAAGAGUUACUUCUUCUUCACACUCUGAAAAAAGCACAGCCUCAGCUGCAUUGAAUCCUUUGCCCAUCUCCCCAUUCAGUAAAGCCCUUAUUGUCUCUACGUCACCCUCCAGCACUACUGUCCACUAUGGUUUUUCUUUGCAGCUUAACUGCUCUGUAACUGGCAACCCAUCACCUAUCAUCAUUUGGAGGACCCCCAGCAGGAAACUGGUGGACUUGCACUUCAGUUUUGACCGACGUUUGAAGGUGCAUCCUAAUGGCACUCUGUCAGUCCAGGCAGUGACAGAGAAGGAUGCUGGAGACUACCUCUGUAUCGCACGGAACAAGGUCUCAGAUGAUUAUCGCCUCCUGCAUGUCUCUGUGGUUACCAAGCCUGCCAAGAUCGAGCCCAGGCAGCCACUCAAUCAGAUGGUAUCAUUUGGCAGACCACUGAAGGUGGACUGCCAGGCAUCAGGACUGCCUGACCCAGCUGUCCGUUGGAGCCUACCAGAUGGAACCAUGGUGAACAGCGUGUUGCAGGGGGAGCACAGAGGAGGGCGAGCACGGAGGUUAACUGUGUUUGACAAUGGGACGUUACUGGUUCCAGCAGUGGGUAUGAGAGAAGAGGGAGAGUACACGUGUUAUGCUGAAAAUCAAGGUGGUCAAGACACCAUGAAGGUCAAAGUAAAGGUCAUGAUGACAUCUUUACCAACAUUAACUGAUAACAGAAGCCACCACAUCAUCAGAGUACGCCAGGGGGCAACCGCCACAAUUUCAUGCAAGGCCACAGGAGAUCCUGCCCCGACGAUGACAUGGUUUUCCCCAAACCGCCGCGUCAUCCCACAAAGUGUGGGAUCUGGUUUUUAUUCUGAGCGGGUUGUGGUGGUUUCGGGUGGAACUCUGGAGGUACGUCUGGCUCAAAUGAUCGACACUGGAAACUAUACAUGCCGAGCAAGCAACUCAGCCGGGGAGAGGAGCCUGGUGGUUUCCCUGUUGGUGGAGGCUCCUAACCAUGGACAGAGUGGCCAGGUGGGAGGAAGAGGUUGGAGCACUAGCAAUGGGCCUGGAAGUGAUCAUAACAGUAGAUCAGGGGACAGCAUUAAUCAUGCAGGUAUACGCCAGUAUGGAUUUAGCAAUGGAGACACAAGCAAGAUUGUUAGCAGUGACAGCAGAAAUAAUGGCUAUAGUGAUAAUAAUGGCAGGAUAAGAAACAUUGUACCAAACGCCAGUGCUAACAUAGCCACCAGUGACUCUUAUCCUGCUCUUAGGAGUGAUAGUCGAGAUGGAUUAAACAAGCCUGUCAGUGGAAUCACAACACAACUAGGUAGCAGUGUUAUCAGUGUUGGGGUGAGCGGGGCUAGGAAUAUAAGCAAUAAAGCAGAUAACGUUGGAAUACAUCAAAAUGGACCUGGCAUUCUGAGUAAUACUAAUAGAGUUGGUAGCAGUCACAGCACAGCUAAAGAGGAUGGUGUAGGAAGGAAUCCUGGAACUAAUAAUGAAGUAAUUGCAGGAAGGGCUGGUAAUGAUGCUUACACCAAUAGAGACAAUGGCAGGAUAAGUGUGUCUAAUAAUGGAGCUGGUACUGGCACACUCAGAGGAAAUGCGUUUAGUAGGAGUAGUAGUAGUACUGUUAUAGCUGCUAGUAAUACAGGUAAUAAAAACCCUAUUAACACAGUUGUGGGUAUGGUAACGACAGUGAAGCAGCGAGCGGUGAAAGGCCAAAAUGUUCUUUUGCCAUGCCCCUCGCAAGGCUCCCCUCCUCCCCGUCUGGCCUGGUUUCUGCCUGGUAAUGGUGUGUUGCCAGCUCCAUACUACGGCAGCCGACUCACUGUGUACCGAAACGGCUCCUUGGAGCUGCGAGGAGUGCGGCCUAGUGAUGGCGGAACCUUAAUAUGUGUGGUUAGAAGUGAGAGAGGACAGACGAGGAUACAGGUGGAGCUGGAGGUCUCUGAGCCACAGGAGGAGGUCAGAUUUUCACACAGGGGACCGGCUGUGGAAAGGCCUGUGAAGGAAAGGGUUGGCUUAAUAGAGGCGCCUCGCUCAGGAGCCUCAUUGGAUUCAUCUAAAUCCUUAAGCUCAAGGCCAGUGUUGCCUGAGACGCUUCAUCCAAGAAUCCCAGUUACUCAAAAGCCUCUACUCAGAGCCCACUCUUUGCCUGCUGCAUCUCGUCCAGUUGGCCCUCCAGCCCGCUCAACUACCCCCGUCUCAGAGCCAGCUGUGAGCAGCAGAACAGCUCCCUUGGUGAGCAUCGUUAAUGGAGAGAACCUUCGCCUGCCUUGCCCUGCUUUUCAAACCCAUGGAACCACCCAGGGCUCUCUCUCGUGGACCAUGCCCAGUGGCAUGGUAUUGUCCCGGGGUGAGAGCGGUGACUCAGGCCGAUACCUAGUCCAAGAGGAUGGAACACUGACAGUGCAACAUGCCUCUGUGUUCGACCGCGGCACCUUCACCUGCAGAUCCACCAGUGCCGACUCUUCCUCAGUUUCAGUGGUCACGGUUCCCGUCAUCGUCAUCGCCUACCCCCCACGCAUCACAACAGGCCCUUCCCCUGUGACCUACACACGACCCGGGGUUGCUGUGGAGCUGCCGUGUCUGACAAUAGCAACACCCCGGGCGACAGUCACUUGGGAAACACCAGACCUGACACAGCUGAGGGUGAUGGGUCAGGCUCGUAUCUAUGGCAACCGCUACCUUAGCCCUCAGGGUUCCUUGGUGAUACAAAACCCGACAAGUAGGGAUACAGGAUUUUACAGAUGCACCGCCAAAAAUGUAAUAGGAGUGGACACCAAAGCGACAUACCUGCAUGUUAUAUAAUGGGGUGAAGCAAACGCACCCACAAACAUGCAGGAGACUGAGACACGACCAUUCUUCUGUACAGGUGGAUCAACUCCAGUGCUGUUACCACUCUAUGUGUCCCACAUGCCCAAAGGAACUGCAAGGCUCCAUGCAAGAGAUACUGUUGAAUCUCAGAAAAGACACUACUAAUAUACAGGUAGAUGUCUCAUGUAUGUAUUUGUAUGACUUUGUUUCCAAUACUGUAUUAUUUUUUGAAUAUCAGGAGUUGCGAGAUUCUCUGCAGAUACAGCGUCAUGCAUCUUUCUCUGCAAAAACAAAUAAUUUGUGCUUAAGGACUGUGGUUUCAUGUAGCUGGCGGUACACCAUGAACGGGUUGUGCUUGUUUGUAUCAGUGGCCUAAAACCCUUUUUGAAGUGAUCACCGAAGAAGCACUGUAUAUUUAAAGGCUCACAUCUGUACCCGUGGACUGUUUCAGUUCCAAAAUGUGUAAACACACAUUCCAGUACUGCUGAACCCAAAAAAACCACAGACAUGUUGUUGAUGCUGAAAAACAAGCAUGCUUUACUUCGCCAGAUUGCUUUAUAUCAUUACUUCAAUUCAACCACUCACACUGAACUACAGUAUACCACACAAUAUUUUACUGACUGGGUCACUGAAUAUUGUAGACGCAACACAGAAUCACACAAGGACGCUGUUUGUCCUUCACACCUGUCUACUGGCACAUAAUAUAAUCCUUUUUGAUCUUGGUGUAUAUUUUUUUCAAAUGUUGCAAAUUGGGACUUAAUUCACUAUAAUACUAUUUGGAUUUAGAAUUUCAACUUGAUAUUUACCUUAUUAACUAUUGAAAUACUAUUUUUAUUUUUUUUAUUUAUAAACUACAUGUUAGAAAUAGGUUGGAUUUUGUUGUGGUGGUGCAUUUGUAGCAAACAUUAACUUAAAUUGGCGGCCUUAGUUGCUUUAUAUUGUCUACACGUUAUCACGUUGUGACAGACAUAAUGAUAGAGGGCUCCAGGAUUAUCAUCCACCCCAACAACAGUUUAUUCAGGACUUUUUUAACCUAUAAACUAUUUUUGUGACCUAUUUGUGGGUUUCAAACCUAGACAAAUAUUGUUCUACCAUCGCAUUCAUGUAAAAACAAUCAGUUCUUUGAACAAUGAAUUUUGUGAUUAUUUUGAUAUUAAAGAUUGUAGAAAUGUAUGUGCGGUUCAACCUUCCCUAAGCUUGUUCUCAAAGCCAGCAGCUCAUGGUUAUCAUGUUUCCUCUCUUCUUUGAUGUUUUCAUUGUGUCCUUAAAUUAUUUGUCUUGUAAAGAUUAUGUUUUUUUUACAUAAAGGGAGAAAUUAUUAAAUAUCAUUAUGUAUGUUUGUGGUCUCACUUGUCACACAUGAAUGACUGCUUGCUAUAUUUUGAACAUCUUCAUAUUAUAAAUAAAACUGG